CUUUAACUUAAAUAAUAUUUGCAGCAAAUUGGAAUUUUUGGAUAUAUCCUGUGUAUAUUGGUCAAUACAGUAACAGAGCUCUCACAAAUAUGCAGCUAGCAGUUGAUUCAUUCUUCGUUUUAAGUGGCUUCCUUGUUGCUAUUUCAUUCUUGAAGACAUUAGACAGACAUGUUGGAAAACCAGGAUGGCCAAAGCAGAUGGGACUCUACUUAUUCCACAGGUUUUGGAGACUGACUCCGGUUUAUAUGAUACUAGUCAUGUUCUACGGCACACUUUUUAAAUAUACGGGCGAUGGGCCACUUUGGCCAGAGUUGAUAACUGAUGCAGAGGGGUGCCACUUGUACUGGUGGACUAACCUGUUCUAUAUUAACAACUUGUAUGUAACAUCCCCAUAUUGCAUGGUAUGGUCAUGGUACCUCGCCAACGACAUGCAGUUCUACAUCGUUGCACCUAUCUUUCUAAUUACCUUGUACAAGAAACCCGUUGUUGGUUACAUCAUCUCAGGAUAUUUCUUUUUUGGAAGUAUCCUUGCAACAAUGGCCCUUCACUUCAUGAACUAUUCGGGGUUUUAUACUGAAUACAUACGGCCAUAUACGAGGAUCGGAGCAUAUAUAGUAGGCCUAUUGCUAGGAUAUAUAAUAUGGAGAACAAAAGCAAUUGUCAAAAUAAAAUGGUGGGUGCAAGCAAUAGGAUGGGUCGUUGCGAUGGGAUUAAUACAUGCGGCAAUUUAUGGAAACUACACACCGCCUGGAACGACAUUCUUCGGUGUCUUAGCAGUAAUAUACUUUGGGUUCCAGAGACAUAUAUUUGCACUGGGUGUUGCUUGGAUUUGCUUAAUGUGCAUUACUGGACAUGGAGGAGUGGUGAACAAGCUAAUGGCAUGGCGGGGCUGGAUUCCCCUUUCUCGGUUGACGUACACGGGUUAUCUGAUCCACCCAAUGUUCAUGUACUAUUAUCACUACAACAGGA